GAGUUGCAACUUUCAAGGCAGCAGGCCGUAGGUGCAGUGACGGUCCAGUCGUCGAGAUUUCAUAUGUGUCACGAAACUCGAAAUAUCACUCGGCGCCCGUGUGAUACAACAAUCGAUUGAAUCCAGUGUUAUGUUUAGAGGCGCUUUUUCUCGCGCAUGUGCAGCACAAUGGCAAUGAAAUUCAGGGAUGAUGCAUGCAGUGAAUAAGCGCGAAGAUCUUAAUAUUUUUAAUGCUGUUGACAUAAAACGCGAUACGUACUGAAAGUCUAAAGAAAAGAAUAGAGGGUCGACGAGCGUCCUUUUUCUCACGAAUUUGGUACUUCAAUGAAACCAUGCUCAAUGCGCAUGUGUGAAGAAAUGCGCCUCUUAGAAUGAGAACAACAUUGCUCUAAUACGUCUCGUGAAACUCGAAAUGUCAUUCGGCGCGCAAGUGAUGCAAUCAAUUGAGACGCACAAUGUCGCGACCACGGAAAUACAAUCGGAUGCAAAAGUGCGACUCGGAUUUGUGAAACUUUGUUGAGACGACGAAAAAUAAUCUCACGGCGUGACAUAGAAUUGAACGAGAUUAGUCCCCGUGCGAAACAUACAAGAUACUGUGCAAAGCUGAAAGAAAAUUUUCUCGGACCUCGAUAAAUUAUGCAGGAAUUGUCAAUUGAAGCCGAAUGUGAAUUAAUCUUCUCGUACAGAGAUAUGUGAAGCAAUCUGUUAAAAAUAGAAGAGCCGGAAAGUGCUUUUCUAUAAUUGCAAUUUUUUAAAGACUGCAUUUUUAAUGAAAGGAAUUUAUUCAAUUAAUUAUAAAAUGAUGAUUAAAUGUAAAUAGAUGCACAAAACAUAUGAUCCGCGUUUUAUGAUUAUUAAUUAAUGUAAGUACAAGGGAACAGUAUUAAAUAGUGAUAGUAAACUAAUUAUCUUUGCCAGAUAUCGCAAUUUAAAGUCAACUAAAUAUUUUCUCAGAAUCUUUAAAUAUAAUUCGUGUGGACUAUUUUGUAAUAGAAUAUUAUAAUUGUAUGCGCGAGGUCAAACACUGAAAGAGAUGAAAUUAUGCUCGUGCAAUGUAUUUUGUUAUGACGUGAAUAAUAUUUUACGACACGUCUUUUCGAGACGGCACUAAAUCUAAGUUGUUAAACGAAAAAGUUUUCCUUUCGCAACUUGUCUUCAGUUCUGUAUGGAGAACAUAAACGUAUCUGCGAUAUUUCUUUAAACCGUAUCUAUCUUGCUACAAGAAAGAGAAUUUUUUUCGUGAUCUUAGCCGAUUUUUUAUAAUCAUCUUUAUUGCGAACAAUGCUCAAAAAUUAUUUUGACAUCAAUUAUUUUUACCGUUAUAUAAACAAUAAUAAAUGUCUAUAUUAAAUAAGAUUAAACAAGAUUGAAUAAAUGUGAAAUGAUAUAAUAUGAAAAUGGAAAAUAUAACUCAAAGACUUAUCGGAUGAAUUUAUGGACAAUAAUAUGUCUUGAAUAUAUCGAGGCAAUAAUAAAUAUGCAAAGACAGCACAAUACCGAAUACGACGACUUCAGCAAUUAAUACUAUACGAAAUGUGGAUAAUAUAUUUUUGGCGAAGUAUCACCAAAACAAUGAACAAAAAAUUGUUUUUCUUCGUCAACUUGAUCAUUGCAUCAAUCUUGAUAGUCUGCCUGUAUCUCUUAGCCUGUUAUGGCGACUUCAAAAUUCAGGACACAUUUCUUAAAACGUUUAUAGUUCCUGAAGAUGCAGAUAAAUUCAUCAAGGCGGAGGAAUAUAGAGAAAAAGGCAUAAAAACUGUUCUUUUGUGGAAUACGAUGUUCGGUAGAAAAGACUUUUAUUUCGGAAAAGGUGAUAUUUUUCGCAAUUGUCCCAUUAAUAAAUGCAAGAUCUUUAACAAACGAGACUACUUGAAUAUCGAAGAUUAUGAUGCCAUUCUUUUUCACGGAAACGAAUUGGAUGAAUAUGACGUGCCAUCGAAGAGGGAUAUGAAACAAUUUUAUGUAUACGUUAACUUGGAAAGUCCAGCUAAUAGAGCGAUACCUUACAAGUACUACGAGGAUUACUUCAAUCUCACGAUGACAUAUCGUCUCGAUAGUGACAUACCGUGGACUUAUGACAUGAUAGAGGAUGUAAAAAGUGGCAAGUUUGUCGCACCUUCAAGGGACGUUGAUUGGAGCGCUUCUCAAAAUUAUACAAGUGUAGAGAAAGCGGUAGACGAGAUGCCGUCCGCGAUAUUGGACAUCGUCAGGGGUAAAAGCAAACUGGUAACUUGGUUUGUAAGCAAUUGCUACGCCAAAAGUGGCCGGAUGGAAUACGUGCAGGAGCUAUCGAAGUACAUAGGCGUCGACAUUUACGGCAGAUGCGGUAAAUUUAGUUGCAACAGAAGCAAGGACUGUUUUGGCGACGUAAUCGAGCCCAACUACUUUUUCUACCUGUCCUUCGAGAAUUCCUUCUGCGACGAUUACGUGACGGAGAAGCUGAUGAACCCGCUCAGGUAUAAUGUCAUCCCGGUAGUUUACGGAGGCGCCAACUACAGUCAGUUCGCACCGCCGAAUUCCUACGUAAAUGCCUUGGACUUCGACAGUCCGAAGGAGCUCGCCGCGUAUUUGAAAUAUCUCUCUCAAGAUCUGCGGCGAUAUCAAAGCUUCUUAGAAUGGAAGAAAUAUUAUCGGGUCAAAAAUGCAACGACACGGGCCGUUUGUACUCUUUGCGAGGUGUUGCAUAAGCAGAAAAAGCCGAAAAUGUAUUCGACCUUAUCGAAUUGGUACGCGAAAGAUAAAUGUCCUAUUCAAACGCGUUUAAAUGACAUUAAUAAAUACGCGACGAAAAUGACACUAAUGAACGUAAACAGAAUUAAGUCGUACAAUUGGAACACAGAAAUUAAUAACAUGUUCGUAUAAAACGUUAUAGAACAUUCUGCAGCCGAUCAAACCGAUAAAAGCCGAUAAAUUGAUACGAUUUUAUAUACGUGGAACUAUAUAUAAAAAUUUAAUAUGUUUAAUAUGUAAAAAUUUAUAUGACACAUUUAUCUAUUUGUGUAAAAACUGUUUUAAUUCCGUAACUAUUUUCAUCUUAACUUUGUUAUUGAAGAGAAUCGAAUUUUGAUGUACGAGGGCUAUAAAAUCAAUCUACGGUAGGCUUAUAAAAUAAAACAAGAACAAUAUUUUAUUGCACACAAAAAUUACACACACACACACACACGCACACGCACACACACAUACACAUACACACACAUAUAUAUGUAAUGAAUAUAUGUAAGUAACUUUUAUAAUAAAAUGUGUUUUUUUUCUGUUUCUUGUUUUAUUUUGCAAGCCUACCGUAGAUUGAUUUCCGAAUAGCCCUUGUAUGUAAAAAUACAUUUUUCGAAUUAAAUAUAAUUUUAUAAAAAUAUAUCAGCUUCAUUCAAUUAAUUUUAAUUCCGAAAAUUAUGAUAUAAAUAUCUAAUUAAGUCUAUGAAUGAAGGAAUGCGUAAUAUAAUCAAUUGUCCGAUUAUUUGAACAUUUCUAAGAUUAUAUAAUAGAGUAAUUGAUGAUGUAACUUUGAUGUCUGAUUUAUGCAUCGAUGAUGGCUCAUUAGACCGAGGAUAUGUAUUAGAUCGAUAUAUUCACUACUCGCUUGAUUAAUCAAGAUCAAAGCAGCCAAGCUCCAACGCCCUAACACUGCUACCAUUACAAGAGUUUGAAGGAAGCAGGUGUGCGAUCACUUGAUGUCCAUAAAGGGAAACAAUUAACAAAGAUUGCACAUGCUAAUGAAUUCUUAUAAUAAAUUGAGUGCACAUAGUGCGCAUAUUUGUACAAAAGAAGACUGACAUUAAUCCUGAUAUAUUAUCGGAUUAAUGCAAGUAAAAAAAUUUCGUUUUUCUUAAUAUCGUUUAAUGUUCCUAAACGCAUAAUAAAUAUAACAUUAAUACAUUAUAGUUUAUGCAGUAUUUGCCCUUUUAGAUAUUAGUUAAUAAACAAAAUUAAAUGCUACUGCAAAUUAGAAGAAAAUAUGAAGUUUGUUAGCGUUAUUUAUUCUAAUUGAUAAUUUCUUCUAAUUGUUAUGAUCAUCAUAUAUUUUAUAUAUAUUGAAAAGACAUAUAAUAUGCCUAAUAAGCACAAUAGCGCAAAUCUAAUAUUAAGAGACCGCUGUGUUCGCAUAUUUAUAUGUACGAAUAAAAAAUCAAAUCUGUCAAAUCUAUUAACAUAUAAUCAGUCUAUGUCGAUAUCUACGUCUAUGUUAAAUGUCUAAAUAUUUGUAAUGUAAAGCAUAAAAUUUAA